AGUGUGACUGAACGAUUUGCUAACAGCAUAACUCUAGAGUGGGAGAACAUGAAUAAAGCCUGGCAAUACGAGCUUCAAAUCAAUGGUGAUGUGCCAAGUAGUGUGUCAGACGUCUCCUCAGAUACAAUCAGAAAAGUAGUGACAUCUCUUCAGCCUGGAUCACAGUAUGAUUUCAGCUUAACCACAGUGUUUGCUGGACUCAGGAGCACUCCUUAUACGAAUUUCACAGUAACAGCCAUCGACUGUGCCAGUGCAGACUGGAAAGUUACCAACUCAUCAAUCAAAGCAAAGAUUGAAGGCUUGUUUUCGACCGCAACGGCCCGUAAUGGAUCUAACGUUCAUGUCAGUGAUGGACGUGAAAAUGUGUCGUUUACUGGACUUUACCCUGGUGCCACCUAUAACAUCUCUCUUGUCUAUGAAAAGUCUUCCAGAGUUUUCUUGCAGUGUGAACACAAAUUAACAAUUCUUCCUCCUAAUCUAAAUGCUCACUGUGAGUACUGGGCAGCUGGAUACUCUGUUCUUAUUAAAUGGACAGACCCAGAGGGCGAGUGGACUAAUGCAGAGGUGAAUGUGACUGGAAAGACUCACACAGUAGCUAGUCCUGAAACUGAGAUCACAAUCAAUGGAUUCCAACCUGCCAAAAAAUAUAAAGUGUCUGUAACUUCAAUGUCUGGGGUGAGGAGUUCUGAACCGCAUGUGUUUUACUGCCAAACUGAUCCAAGGGGAGUUAUUGCAGGGUCCGUAUUUGGUGUGCUUCUUUUUGGUCUCCUGGUUGCUCUGGUUGUCUUAAUUUUCCUCAAAAGACCAGAUAUUAUUAGCAGAAAGAAGUCUUCAUUCAUUGGUGGAUCCAAAGUAUCUAACACACAGAGCAAAUCUAUUCCUGCUGCAAAGUUUCCGGACCACUUCCAUCAGCUGAGUUUGGACGAGAACAGAGGCUUCAGCGAGGAAUAUGAGUGCCUCGCUCCUGCUGGAACAGACCAGACACGAAAGACUGCUAUUCUACCUGAAAACAAAGCGAAGAAUCGUUUCAAUAACGUCUUGCCAUAUGACUGGUGUCGUGUGAAGCUAACUACAUCAGAUCCUGAUGGAAUUUCAGACUAUAUCAAUGCCAAUUACAUGCCGGGCUACAGCAGUAACAGAGAGUACAUUGCCACUCAGGGCCCUCUGCCCUCUACUGUUAAUGAUUUCUGGAGAAUGAUUUGGGAACAAAGAGUUAAGAGGAUCGUUAUGGUAACCAACUGCAUUGAAGGAGGGCGGACCAGGUGUGAACAAUACUGGCCUGCAGACAGCAAGUCAUGCCUUUAUGGAGAGCUGUUGGUCACCAUGAGAUCUGAGCAACAGGAGACCAACUGGACGCUGAGAGAAUUCAACCUGAAAGAUAGAAAAACCUCAGAAGAACAGACAGUUAAACAUUUCCACUUUACUGCCUGGCCUGAUCAUGGAGUCCCAGAGUGCACAGAGAUCCUGAUCCAGUUCAGAGGACUGGUGAGACAGCACAUAGAGAGAGAAGGGGGCAAAGCACCAACUGUGGUUCACUCCAGUGCUGGAGUCGGGAGAACUGGCACUAUCAUUUCCCUGGAUGUGCUGCUUCAGCAGCUGGAGAAAGAACAAGCAGUCGGCAUCAAUGCCUUCGUACACAAGAUGAGACUGAGCCGACCGUACAUGGUGCAGACGGAGUCCCAGUACAUUUUCCUGCACCAGUGCAUUAUGGACAGUCUGCAACCAAAAGACACGAAUGAAGAGAACAUUUAUGAGGAUAUAUGUGAGAACACAUACGAGACGCCAGACAGCAUAUACGUCAAUGCCACUGCACUCCAAGAGCUCCAUCGGCACAAUAGAAGCAGUGAGCAGCAGACAUCACCCACUCUUUGUUGAUGAGGGAACCGCCACAAAAAUGUUUACCACGUAGCUGCACGCUGACC